AAAGUAAACAAGCCACAUUAUGCACAUGCAUACAUAGUGAUCUCUAUGGAAGGCCAUCUGGGUCAAAUGCAUUGUGCUGCUUAAUGAUUUUUAAGUAGAUUGUAUAUGUUGUAUAUUUUUUGUGCAACGAUCUGUUAUGUGGAAUCUGUUAUAAAUUCCCUCCUUCAUUGUACAACGCCAUCUUCAUGUUUGUUUUAUUUGAAGUGUUUAAAGUUAUAUUUCAAUUUUUGGUUUGCUUGUUCAGCUACACAAAGGCCCAAGUAAACCUCAUGUCAUUACUUCAUGGCAACAGGUCUAUGGCCACUGUUUACCGUGAAGAAAUGGCAAGGAAUUAAAAUAAGUAAAAUGAGGUGUCAACUUUUAUGCCCUAUUUAUUUCAGGAAUAAACAAAACAACAUUUAACCUGAACUGUUAUUUUGCAUCCUUUGUUUUGUACUUAAUUCACUGGAGUAAAGUGAGUCCCACACAACAUAGUCUUUACUCCUGGGACACUUUUUCUAUUUAAAGUGUUGCAUAUUGUAAGGUCGUACUAUAAAAUAAAGGCAAAAGCGCUGGCCACGCUGAUCCGACUUUCUCACAAUUUGAUUUGCUCUUGUAAUGCUGACAUUUGCAUAUCCCAAUUACAACAUUAUAUAUACACCCAUAUGUUUAUGGCUUUAUCAAUAAACAAUAUGUUACAUAUUUUAAUAUUUCAGCAGAAACCGCCAGUGGGAAAAGGAGGUCUAGUAAAAAUGUAACUGACCUUGAAGCAAAAAAAGGAAGAUUUUGCUGCGAGUUCUCGACAGAAAGACAAACCCAGUCUACUAAGGCUGAAACCAAAGACUCAAAUGAAAGAGCAAUGGGUUUUCCCACAGCAGCAUACAAUGGAGACAACGACAGGUCCAUGUUUAUGAAGGAGCAGCCUAGACCUGUGGAGGCACAGACUGGAGUUCAUGAGAAAUUAAAGGCAUUCUGUCUUCUAAAUCAGCAAGUGACCAUGCCAUCAAUUCCUUCUCAUGUCAGCGGGGUACUACUGGGAAGCACUGCUUCAACUCCUGGAACAAAAGAAAGAUUGCAACAAACACCCCUGCCAGCACACUCGCCUCCCAGCAUCCAAGUGGAAACUCCUCCAGGAGCUGCACCCCAGAAUGAAAAUCAUUUUCUAAAGGAUAUGUGUGAACCCAGCAGAGGAUUACAACCAAACUCUUUGUUUCGAACGGAGUUCAGCAAAACACAGAAUCCAGUUGAAGCAGCAUUUACCUCGUUUUUCACACAACAAGCUACCAGUAAGAAGCUGCAGCAAAUACAGUCAAACACAGGCAGCUUCCUGACCAUACAAGCAAGCCAUGUGAACCACAGUUUCAACCUCAGUAACUCUAAAGUGGAGAUGGCCCCUCCACCAUCCCUGGAGCUGAGAAAAUUGUUUGAAACAAGUUGUCAUGCGCAGAAACAAACAGGAUACCCAAAUCUUCUGAAUGGUACAUCUUCUAAACGUACUGAACAAGCAGUGGGGUGUCCUGCAAACCAGGAGCAAUGUAAUCAAAGCACUGUACCGAAUGCGCGCCAGCUUUGUAAUAUUGAAGACAGAAACGUUACACGCCCCCCUGCGUGUGGUGAUAAAGAGAGCUCCUGGAAUCACUUAAAUGGGAAAACUCUGGACAAUCAAUGGGAGCUAAGGCAAAAGUCGGAGGAGGAGGAUGACAAAGAUGUACUAAAGGCUUUGCUUGAGAGUGGCAGUCCUGCUGGCAUUAACGCAAAGGCCUCUAAAUCGAUUUUGAACGAUGCUGAGGAAGUGAAGAGACUGCAGAGAUCUGGAGAGUGCUUUCUUCAGGAUGCUUCCUGCAAUAGCAUCGCUCCUCAGCUUCAUAAGUGUAGAGAAUGCCGUCUGGUCAACUACCGCAAGAAAAGCCGCAGUGAUGAGGAUGGUUCUGUCUUCUGCAGGUUCUUCCAUUUCAGAAGGCUGCAGUUCACUAAGCAUGGUGUUCUGCGGGAGGAUGGUUUUUUGACCCCAGACAAGUAUGACUCUAAAGCACUCAGCCUCUGGAUGCCUCAGCCUAGCCGUGUGAAAGGACUGGAUUUGGAAACUUCCAAGUAUAUAUUGGCCAACAUUGGGGAUCAAUUUUGUCAGCUGGUCAUGCAAGAGAAAGAAAUUAUGGCUUCAAUAGAGCCAUAUAAGGAAAUUGUUUGGAAGCGUGCAGAGGGUGUACGGGACAUGUGUGAUGUCUGUGACACCACUCUCUUCAAUAUCCACUGGGUUUGUCCAAAGUGUGGCUUUGGAGUGUGUCCAGACUGCUUCAGGAUAAAAAAGAGCAACAACUCAGAUGAUACGAGAGCAGAUGUUUUCUCUUGGAUGAGGUGUGUGAAGGGGCAGCUGCAUGAACCUGAUAACUUGAUGCCAACGCAGAUCAUUCCUGGAACAGCGCUGUAUGAUGUUGGUGACAUUGUUCAUUCUGUGAGAGGAAAAUGGGGAAUCAAAGCAAACUGUCCCUGUUCAAACAGACACAGCAAAACCAGUCCAAAACCAGCUGUAAAGGAAGAGCAGAAACAGCAGAAUGUAAUCGCUGCCAUAAGUCUCUCAUUGAGGCCUUUAUUUCACAAGCAGCCCAGUGACUUGGUCCCUAGCACUUCAACCAAGACAACUGACACAGCAACAAACCCAGCAAGCAGCAUCCUGCACCAAAACCCUUUCAGCUGGAUAACGGAAUUUGCAAAUCCGAGUGUAAACAAAGAAAAUAAAGAUAAAGUUCUCGCCUCAACAGUAAAGAAUGAAAGCAAAGCAAGCAGUUUAUUUCCAUCUCUCAAUUGUUUUCUUGCCAAGCCUGGUUCCACCCUUCAGACCUUUAACAGUCUGGUUUUAACACCAGUGACCAACAGUAAUACAGGCAGCCUGCGCAGCUUAUUGAAUGGAGGACAGACUGACAGUGGACAGAAGAGCAGACCAAAAAUCCUUGAUGACAUCUUUGCUUCAAUAGUCCAAAGUAAAGUUCCCAGUGACUCCUCCAGAAGAGUGGAUGUGAAGGAGGCUGUGAGACAGAGCACAGUGCUGAGCCAGGAGGUGCCGCACAGCUGGCUCUGUGACAAUCGUCUGCUGUGUCUCCAGGACCCGACACACAAGAAUAACUGGAACAUUUUCAGGGAAUGCUGGAAGCAGGGGCAGCCUGUAAUGGUGUCUGGAAUGCACAAGAUUCUGAACUCAGACCUGUGGAAGCCGGAGUCGUUCAGAAAGGAGUUUGGCGAGCAGGAAGUGGAGCUGGUGAACUGCCGCACCAAUGAAAUUAUAUCUGGAACCACGGUGGGGGACUUCUGGAAUGGCUUUGAAGAUUUAUCAAAGCGACUUAAAACAAAGGAGGGAGAGUCAAUGGUCCUGAAGCUGAAAGACUGGCCCCCAGGACAGGAUUUCAGGGACAUGAUGCCGACGCGAUUUGAUGAUCUAAUGAACAAUAUACCACUUCCAGAAUACACCAGACGAGUAGGCAAACUGAACCUGGCAUCAAGACUUCCUGAUUAUUUUGUUCGACCUGAUUUGGGACCAAAGAUGUACAAUGCAUAUGGCCUGAUAACGGAUGAGGACAGGAAGUAUGGGACAACAAAUCUCCAUUUGGACAUAUCUGAUGCUGCUAAUGUUAUGGUAUAUGUGGGAAUCCCUAAAGGAGAAGCCGAUCAGGAGAAAGCAGUGAUACAAACCAUAGAGGAUGGAGAUGCAGACGAGCAGACAAUAAAACGUUUGGUUGAAGAAAAGGAGAAGCCUGGAGCUCUAUGGCACAUUUACUCUGCAAAGGACACUGCUAAAAUCCGACAGCUUCUUAAAAAGGUUGCAGAUGAACAAGGACAUGAGAACCCACCAGACCACGAUCCAAUUCAUGAUCAGAGCUGGUAUCUGGACAGGCCCCUGAGGAAAAGGCUACUCCAGGAAUACGGAGUACAGGGCUGGGCUAUUGUGCAGUUUCUUGGGGAUGCAGUUUUCAUCCCAGCCGGAGCUCCACAUCAAGUGCAUAACCUAUACAGUUGUAUUAAAGUGGCUGAAGAUUUUGUGUCACCAGAACAUGUGAAGCAUUGCUUCCGCCUUACUCAGGAAUUCAGAUACCUCUCAAAUACUCACACCAACCAUGAAGAUAAACUACAGGUAAAGAAUGUUAUUUUCCAUGCUGUGAAAGAUGUGCUUGGAAUGCUGAAAACACAUGAAUCAAGCAUAAAGCCAUAAGAAGGUUUCCUACAGGAAUUAACUUUGAAUAAAGAAAAUAGUGUGGUUGUAUUAUACUGACAGUUAUAAAUGUGAUUUACUAAGUUAACACAACUGGGUAUUUUGUUACUGGUUUUUAUUUAUUGUAAAUUUUGGUGUUGCAAAGAAUGUAUGGAUCAGAACCACAAUUAAAUGGUUUGUUGUUACACAUUGUGCAUUUAUUUGUUUGAUCCUAAGAAAACAUUCAUCUUUAUUUUCACUUGUUUAUCUUUUAAUGCAGGGGGGGCCUGGUUAUUUUUUUUUUCUUCCUAUUACUGAAUUAUUUAAAAAUGUUAAGUACUGUGCAAUCAUUUUUAAGCCAGAACUUGGGAUCAAAUUGAUUGGCUUUUAUUUUGUAAUGUUGAAGUAAAUCUUUAAGGAAUUUGAAAUAUUUCUCUUGUGUAAUUGAUUUAAUUAUGGGUGUGACAAAUGUAUAGCUGUUGUGUAAUUUAAAAAAAAAAAAAAAAUUUCCUUUUCGUCACCGUUACCAGGUUAUUGACAUUUCUCAGCCCAAGUGUUUGUAAGGAUGAGAAUAUAGGUCACUGUGAUCUACUGAGCUGCAUCUUCAGAUUAAACUUACUUUAAGAA